UUUUUGGUGAACCCAAAGAGAAACCGGAAGAGCCGAGGGAAAGCCUAACCUAGAACUUCCUAUAGUCGUAUAUACAUACACGAAGAAGAGGGAUAAAUAUGGGAGAAUGGGGGAUAAUCCUUUCUCUACAUCUCCUCUUAACCAAUCUCUUGUUUAAUGGAUUUGAUAUAUGAUUAUUCGAAUCGUGACUAUAUGAUUUGAAUUUGCUGUUUCGUGGAAUUGCAUAAAUCGAGUACACCUACGACGAUGUGCGAGAAAUGAUUAGAACUUAUAUAAUAUAUAGAUCUGAUUUACGAUGUAAUCUCAAACUGGCAGCUAAUUAUACUUGCGUCGCAAAACACUUCACAAGCUAGGAAUUAGAAUAAAACAAAAUAAUGUGACGUGUCUGCAUGAGUCAUCCUGUGCCAAGCACCCAAGUAGAACCAAACUACCUACGUCCCUGAAUUUUAAUCUACAGACGAUAAAUUCGAUAAAUCAUAAAUAUGUUCAGAUUUAUCUUUGAUUGAUUAGUUUCAAAUUAAUUGUAGGAGAUCCGAAAUAUAAGACGAAUAAGACAGAAAUGAUAUUUGUACCAAAAAUUAGAUCGACAAUAGGAGGAGAAACAAGUCUUGUAAAAUAUAGAAAGAAUUCGACGUCAUUCAACACACGAAUUUCGAGGAAGUAUCGUAAUAUUCAUAUAUUACACAUAUUGAUACAUGUUCGUUCCAUUUAGUAACUGUGAAUGUAGAUUCGUCGAAAUACGUGUAGUACUUGCGCGUAUCUACGGAGCAUAUGUAUUACUUUGCUCCUACCGUUGAAACUAACGAACAGAUGGCUACUGUUCAGUGUUCUAACCACUAAGAGCCAUGGAACAAUUCCAUGGAAUGAGCGAUGGAAAUAUAAAUAUAAGUGAUGUCAUUGAAGUCAUCCAAACAGAUCCUAAAUUUGUGGAGGCUAGUGGAAGGGAGGAGCAAUUAUCAGUGGAAAUGAAUAUUGGACGACCAUUGCAGUAUGUUGAAAUAAUAGAACAACCAGCAAGCAAAGCUUUACGCUUUCGCUAUGAAUGCGAGGGCAGAUCAGCUGGUAGUAUACCCGGUGUAAAUAGUACACCGGAAAACAAAACAUUUCCUAGUAUAAGGAUAGUAGGAUACAAAGGCCGUGCUGUAGUUGUAGUAUCGUGUGUAACAAAAGAUCAACCGUACAGACCUCAUCCUCAUAAUCUUGUUGGGAAAGAAGCAUGUAAACGAGGUGUUUGUACAGUUGAAGUAUCAUCAGAAAAUAUGACGGUCACAUUUGCAAAUCUCGGUAUUCAAUGUGUUAAGAAAAAAGAUAUCGAAGAGGCACUUAGAAUAAGAGAAGAAAUUCGUGUUGAUCCCUUUCGAACUGGUUUCGAACACAAAAGACAACCUACCAGCAUUGAUUUAAAUGCUGUAAGAUUAUGUUUUCAAGUUUUCCUAGAAGGAUCACAAAAGGGAAAGUUUAACAUCCAAUUACCACCGGUUGUAUCUGACCCUAUAUUUGAUAAAAAGGCAAUGUCAGAUCUUGUAAUAUGCAAGCUCAGUCAUUGCAGUGCAUCAGUUGCUGGUGGUAUGGAAAUGAUUUUAUUAUGUGAAAAGGUCGCUAAAGAAGAUAUACAAGUUAGAUUUUUCGAGGAGAAAGAUGGGCAAGUGGUUUGGGAAGGAUUUGGUGAUUUUCAACCUACUCAUGUACAUAAACAAACAGCAAUCGCGUUCAGAACACCCACCUAUCGCAUACAACAGGUCGAUCAACCAGUCCAGGUAUACAUCCAAUUGAAAAGACCGUCGGAUGGCGCAACAAGUGAACCGUUACCAUUUCAGAUGUUACCUCUUGGUGCAGGUAGGCCUGCUUUCUGGUCUUUACGGAAAGCAUUUGCCAGGAAGAAAACAGAUUAUAGUACAUUUGGUAAAAUUUUAGCAACCGAAUCGGCGUUGCUAUCAAACGUUACGCCGAAACUUGCGCGAAACAUCGACGAAUUUAAUAACAAUGAUUUCAGUAUAAAAAAAUCGAAUAACAAGAUUUCUGCGUUACGCGCUUUAAAUGAUUUAUAUAAUGUAAAAAACACGUUAGAUUCUUGUAAUGGAAGUACCGAAGUCGCUCAAAAUAAUGCACAAAAUAUGGAUCACACAAAAAGUACAAUUAUAGAUUACGAGAACAACGAAGUACCGUUUCAUACAGAAAAAACUAUGGAAAAUGAGCAAAUAAAUAAGAUAUACAAAAUUGACAGCAACUAUAUGAACAAAGAUAUGGAUAAUACUAAUUCAGGAACUUUAACUCGUACUAAAUCCGAUAGUACCGAUAAUGAUAUAUUAAGAAAUUCAGAGAUAUCCAAAAACAAAUCUGAUUGGUUUGAUUAUUCUGAAGUAGGAAAAUGGGUACAGAAAGGUCAAAUGUGUCUGAAGGAAAAGGAUAACGAGGCAGAUUUUAAAACUGAAAUGACAGACGAUUGCAAUAAGUCGUUCAAUGAAUUGUUAACACAAGUAGCCGAACUGGACCAGAUUUAUGCCGAUACACAUACUAAGUUGGUACAGGCCGCACUUGAGCAGAAUACAACUGAUCAAUCAAUGGACAUUGAUGUCUGUGACAAUCAGACGUAUACUAGUUUACAGAUGGCCAUGAAAAAUCCUAUAGAAUUUGUUGACGUAACGAAUGACAGAAAGUACGAGGAUGUAUUUGUACCGAAACCAGAUCCAAAUCAGUCUUGUCCUUCGCCUCCGGUAACUACAAAGAGAGAUGGAACGCAGGAAACGGAAGAGAGAUUACCGCCUUUACCACCAAAACGUAUUCGAAAAAUGCCUUCCAUGCCUCUUUUACCUCGUCCUAUAUCCUCUCCCAUGACACCCGAUUCUUAUAUCGAAGCACCAAACAAAACUUUACCCUCCUUACCCGGUACAUUAACCAAGACUUCAAAACAAGGAUUGUUCUCAAAAUUAUUUGCAAAAAAAAUCAAAUCAGAUAAAGACACGAUUUCGAAUGCAUCCAAAGAGAGCAAUACAUCUUUGAAUACACCAGGGAAAGUUUCAUACUUAAUGAAAAAUAAUAUACCAGAUGGUACACAGUUACAAAGUCCAAGACCUAAUGCUACCAGUACCACUAGUAUUAAAUCUCUUAGACUAGAGGGUGAUGUAACACCACCUUAUGGAAUGGAGUUGACAGAAGCUGAACAUUAUGCAUUAUACACUGCUAUGGCUCCGCAUGCGACAGCAUCGGAAUUUGAUGAAAUGUCUUUCUAUUAUAGCCCUGUAGAGGGUGGGAAAAUUUUCCUUGACAAGAAGGAAACAUAAUUUGUUUUCAUACUUAUGAUGUUUGCUAGCGUACUUCCAUUUAAGAGUGAUGUGUUUCUUUUCCGGAAUAGUAUCGUAGAAGAAAACUGAUAUAUUUUAAGAGAUUAAACAUUAUUGUGAUUGUUGAAAGGCUGCUUCUUUGCAGUUGUGACUUUGAAUUUUGGCAGCUUUAGUGUGUAACACUAUUUGUGAAAAAGAAAAAGUCGACGGUAUUUUUGAUUAAAUACGCGACAAGCUUUUGUUAUGCUACACGUUAACCAAAAACGCUUUGAAGCGAAUUUGACACUAUUCUAGUCGGGAUACAAAUUGUUUUUUUUUCU